CCCGUGGACGGGAUUACGCCGGACGAUUCAGCAUGCGUUUAUACGCAACAAACAUCUUAAUCCGUGUCAGAUGCAUCUCACCAUUUGCCAUAGAAUGAAUAAUUUAUCGUAUUACAGUGGUCUUUCAUAAAGUCAUAGCUGUAAUUGACGUAUGUUACGUGUUUAGGCAAGUGUGACACAAAUUCUGACAUUUAUCAACAAGCACAAUUGACGGUAGUUUCCAAACAAGUGAGAUUACGCAUUUUGAGUCGGACUGCCUCCCCCGCCCCUACCCUAGACGCUUACUCCAAGAUCCAUCCUGGGCCAUUCACUUGCUGCUUAUCUGCGCGCGAUGUCUGAUCUCUCCUGUGGGUUCUAGCCAGUGGAAAGGCUGCUAGGAUCCAAUAAAACUCAACGGAUACUCCGACUGAAUUACUAUUUCACGGUCAUUGAAAUAGCGCUCACACUGAUGCAGAAUGGCAGCCCGUUUCCAUUACGCGUGCCUCCUGGUGCCUGUUGCGUUUCAUUUCCUUCUGGUGCCCUCACCCUGCUCCGCUGGCGUCACCAGGAAGUGCGGCUCCAUCUUCCAAGGCUUCGCCACGUGCCUGCUGGCAUUGGGAGACAGCCUGUCCCAGAGCUCCACCAAAGAUGAGGGCACACAGGAGAUUGACAGCAUCUGCAGGUCCUGGGAUGAGUUCCAUGGCUGUGCUAACACGGCCAUGGCUGGCUGCCCUGAAGACGCUGCGGCGGUCUGGGAGUCCCUGAGACAGGAGUCCAAAAAGAUGCAGUUUUCAGGCAACCUGUACGACAUGUGCGCCAACCGCGCCCAACAGCUGGCCACCACCGCCCAGAACCCACCCAACCCAGGCGAGACCAAUCAGGAGUCUUUAAAGGGACACGCCAGUCAUGCUCACCUGUCUCACUAUGUGUUGCUGUCGUCCUGUGUUGCCAUGCUAUUGGUGCUGGUGAGGAUAUAGCCAAAUGCUUUUGAGUGGAGCGCUGGACUCGACAAACAUGUGAUUUCUCCUGGGGACGGCGAAGCGCUGGGAGGGAGGGACAGAAAUGUGGUGCAUUGUGAAAACUUCAGUCGCUCUCGGAUUUAAUGCAUCAUAAUUCACAGCUUUUUUGUUUGCUUGAAAUUGUAAUUUUCAGUAGGUCCCAAUGUGCAACACUUUCCCACAAACAUAAAAUCAUAAACACACAAACACACACACACACAUUCACACAAAUGCACACGCAUCUGUGUACACACUCAAACACUUUCAGCAAUACAUUAGCAUGCAAACAGCCAUUUCCUUACCUGCAGCUUUUAAAAAGUUUGACUAUGAUUUUCCCUGGGGGAUGCUGAGUGUUGGAGUGUGAAUGAAGCACCACUGAUACGUAAACAUAAAUAUUAACUACUGGGGCUAGAAAAUGUAUGCCGGACAAGAAAGUUUUGCAUUGCAGAAAUAACCCAAACAACUUCAGGGCUCAUAAUGAACCUAAUAAGGCGGUAUACUUAUGCACAGACUGAGAUUAGAUUUGUAUUGGUACACAAAGCAAAAGCACUCCUGAGGUCCCUCAGCAAGUGGAUGAACAAGAAAUCAAACCAGGGAUGCCAAAAAAUGGCUUAACACAAAUUUUAAUAUUAGUCCAUCUGUUAUUCUAGGUGGUGCGAUUUGAAGACAGAGAUGCCCAGAACAGUAGACAGUUAACCCUCCAGUGAAGGGUCGAGACACACAGAGGUCACUGAGGUUUAGAACUUUUGUUCAGAAUGGUCAGGACACUUGGAGCUCAAUGGGACAGUGCUAAUCUGUGGUAAGAAGUAUGUUUUCCACUGAAACACUGAAGAAGCAACUUCAAAGUCUAACUGGAUAUUUCAGUUUGGGGAUAAUGCGACACUACUUAUGACAAAGAAUGCAUUGUUUGGGUUCAAUCAAACCAAACUGACCCCAACAAGUCAUAUUGCCAGAUGUUUCUUUUUAUCAGCAUAGCAAUAAAUAUAGCCACAGCCGGUUUCUCUGAACAUAUCUUUAACGAUACUUCUUCAUCAACAUUGAUUAUAGGCCACAUGGUAGACCUGACCACGUUAGAGCCUUCAGCAUUUUCACCUGUGAUUACUUGUGAGAAAGCACUCUAUGUUCGUCAGUCUGUGUGCUCCUCUAUCAGAUAUGACAAAGCAAUCCCAAUCCUGUAUGGAGUAUGUGAUUGUAUGUUAGAGCAGUCACUCCUCACAUUUACACAAGUGCUCACAAUACUCACCGCACUGAAAAUAGCAGGAAAGUACAGGGGCUAUCUGUGCACACCGAGAUUUUUGUUGAUGUUUCUUGAGUGUCUAAGUUGUGCUCACACGUUUUUUUUUUUUUGCCCCUUGCCUCUGCAUUGCGCAACUCAGCAGCUUUGCCAGUCAAUUUUAUUUGCAGUUGAUUUUCAUUUUUUAAUUGGCAAUUAAUCACUGUUCCUAGCUCUGCUGCAGUGGCUAUAUCAGUCCUUUUCAGAGCAUUUCCACAGGAGAAGACCUUCACCUGUACACAUAACCUACACAUACAUGUAAAUAUACUAAGUAAAAAGUAUCUUGCACAUAAUAAAUUAAAUUCAUUAUAUUUAAGAUGUACAACCAAUUACAUAACACAGUUGAGUGAGUGAUUGAUUGUUUCCUUUUCCAUUCGAUGUGUUUUUUUUAUAACUUAAUCUACAGUAAAAGAAUGUAUUUGCAUUGCUUAGUCUUUUGUUAAUGUCAUACAAUGUUAUAAUAUAUUGUCGUCUCUCUUGUACACCAAAAGAUAUCUGAGAAUACAUCUUUUCAAGAGAUAGAACAUGGGGACUCAUGUCAUGCCAGUACUCUCCCUCCUUCACAGGAAAUUAGAAUUUGAACAUUUUGUUCAUUUUUGUUGGGUUUUGUUUUGCUUUUUUGGUUGUAUUUUGUAUAAUAGGCAUGCAAUGUUAUGUUAACACAAAAAAAUGUACAUAAAGCAUAAUGUGUCUUUUAUGUAUACCCACUGUGUAUUGUUCACAGUUCUUUGGAAGAUGAGAAAGGGCAAAAUGUUAAUAUCACUUUUUCAUCCUUCACUUUGAAGUUUCGAUUCUUUUAUUGUACAGCCUAUCCAUCAAACAGAAUGUUAAUAUAAGAGGAUGUAGAUUAAAGGGACUUUCUGAUGAGUUUUUUGUGGACUGUAGCCAUGAGCAAACUGAUCCUAGUGUCAGAGGUAUAGAAAUCAUAGCCAGUAUGAAGACCCCUGCAGUUCAGGAGCCACCGUGCGUAAUGAUAAUCUGGUCAUUAAUAUGCAUCACAGAUACAUACAUCAUUUGAUAUAAUGUAUGAGGAUGGAUUAUCAAAUCCAUCUGUUGCUAUGGUUGGAAUCUGUGACCAUUAUUGUAUGUGGGUCUUUUACUUCUCACAUUUGGUUCCAUGUAUACCACAAAUGUUUUGCUACAUUUAUAGUAAAAAAUAAUAAUAAUAAAAUAAAUGGUGCUGACUUAA